GAUUUUGUCAGUGACCCGAGUCCUGAGGAAACCGUGAGGAGAAUGCAGAAAGGACGGGAAUUUUCCCUAGAAAAGUUCCGCUCUCUGCAAGACAAACUUCUGCUGCUAGAUGAAGCAGUAGCUAUUUAUGAUGGCAACCUCAUCACUGCUGUCUUGAUAUAUUUAAACAAGUCAUUAAGUAAAGAAAUCCUCUUUCGAGAGUUAAUGGCGAGAAAUGUGGCUUUGCGUCAUUACGUUCAUUAUUUAAAAGAAAUGGGAGAACAAAAGCUUUUGGUUGAGUUACUGAA